AUGUCUUCGAUCGUCGUCAUUACUCACCUCACGCUUGUCGACAAGCAGGCUCGUGACAAGGUUGCUGCCCUCCUGGCCCGUGUGGCUCAGGCUGCUCGACAGCAUCCUGGUGUUGUUCGUUAUGCUGUCACAAUACCGCGUGAUAAUGCUAGUGAAGACUCAAUCUCUGUUAUUGAGGAUGUCCUUGAACGACCCCCGAAUGCUACUACCUUUGUCACCACCGCCUCUUACUCGCGCCCCGAGGUACUCUCCCUGGCCGAUCCUUUCAUCCUCAUCGCGACUUUUGACUACGCUACCAAUACCCGUGAUGCCGCUCUGGACGGCUGGUCCACCGUUACCUCGGCAUGCCAGCAGACCCAGAAGGGCACUCUCGUCUACGCCGUGGCCAAAGACCCCCGGAAUGACGACCGUGUUGGCUCGGUAGCUGUUUACGAGAGCGAGAAGUACUUCUGGGAGGUCCACGUCCCUGGCCAGGCGGUGGUUGAUAACAAAGCGAAGUACGGUGAUAUCCGUACUAAGACUGACUUGGCCUACUUCAAGUUGACCGGAGGUUUUCUCUUCAAUGACAAGGCUUACUCUAGAUUGUAG